UUUCAGUCCCGCUUGCCAACUCACCAACUCGCUUCCAACCCUCACGAGCAUUCCCCAGCUCUCGACGCCUUCUUGCACUUGGGACAGGCAAUCCUAAGUCGCUAUUAGAGCAUAGAUUUACUUCUUAACGACCUUCUAAUUCUCCGCAAUGUCUGCAAAAUGGGAUGCUAGAUAUCUUGGACCCGUCCCUCACGAUGCUGCCUACUACUCAAAAUGUAUGCUAGGAGGUGUGCUCGCUUGCGGUAUCACCCACGCUGGUAUCACUCCUUUGGAUGUUACCAAAUGUAACAUGCAGGUUGACCCUGCGAAAUUCAAAGGUCUUGGGUCAGGCCUCAAAGUCCUCCUGAAGGAGGAAGGUGCCAACGGUAUCUGGAAAGGCUUCGGACCCACCUUUGUCGGCUAUUCACUUCAGGGCAUGUUCAAGUACGGUCUGUAUGAAGUCUUCAAGGAUUUCUACAUGAACUUGGCCGGUGAGGAGAUUUCCGAGAAAUACAAGGGUGCUAUCUGGCUUGCCGGUUCUGCUUCUGCUGAAGCCUUUGCCGAUGUCGCCCUCUGUCCCCUCGAGAUGACCAAAGUUAAGAUUCAGACCAGUCCCGCCGGCACCUUCCCUACCGCUUUCGGCGCUGCCUUGAAGGAAAUGAGCAAGCAGAAGGUCGAAACCCGUUACCCCUUCGGUUCUCUCGUCCCUCUCUGGUCGCGCCAGAUUCCCUAUACCAUGGCCAAGUUUUACUUCUUCGAGAAGACCGUCCAGUUGUUCUACACCCAUGUCUUCCCUCAGCCUAAGGAAACCUACAGCAAGACCACCCAGCUCGGCGUUACUUUCGCUUCUGGUUAUAUCGCUGGUGUUGUUUGUGCUGUCGUCUCACACCCUGCUGAUUCCCUCGUCUCGCAACUCGGAAAGGCCGCUAACAAGGGCAAGUCGAUCGGUACCAUCGCCAGCGAGGUUGGAUUCGGAACUUUGGCCACCAAGGGUCUCGGAACUCGUGUACUCAUGAUCGGUACUUUGACUGGCUUCCAAUGGUGGAUCUAUGACACUUUCAAGGCAACCAUGGGUAUGGGCACAACCGGUGGCAAGUAGAUUUGAAGUACGCGUCGAUAGAUGUCUGUAAUAAUGAGUGUGAAAUGGUCUUUACCCUUAUCGAUCUCGAUAGGACAGCCCCUCCCAUUAUCUCUUUAAGCCCUCUUAUUAUAACCGUUUCUACGAGCGCUCCUCAUGUUUAUUCUUCGUAGUUCUAAUCCCUAUUCCUGCUAUCAGAAUAA